UUACAGAAAGAUUUGGAAGAGGUUAAAGAAUUGCUUACAAAAGCCACGAGGAAGCGACUUCGUGAUGUCCUGAUGACAGAGAAACACAAGCUAGAGCUAGAAAUCAAGAAUCAGCCUCCACCGAAGCCAAAAGAUGCGGCAGAGGAAGAAAAGUCGCCACUGGGAGGGUACACAGUGAAAAUAAACAAUUAUGGUUGGGAUCAGUCAGAUAAGUUUAUUAAGAUUUACAUCUCUUUAAAUGGAGUCCAGAAGCUUCCAGCUGAGAAUGUGCAGGUGAAUUUCACGGAGAGGUCAUUCGAUCUGCUUGUGAAGAAUCUGAAUGGGAAGAACUACACCAUGACCUUCAACAAUCUCCUGAAACCCAUCUCUGCAGAGGGCAGCUCUAGAAAGAUAAAGACAGACAUGGUCCUUGUGAUGUGUAGGAAGAAGUGGGAGGAAAAAUGGGAAUGUCUCACUCAAGUGGAAAAAGAAAGCAAAGAGAAAGAGUAA